CACGAACCACAGCUUUGACCACAUGAGCAUGGCUUUGACAACAUGGGAUCGACCAGAUUGACACUUUUGUUGAUCCUUGUGAAAGCUCGUUCGGAGGAGCUUCUUGUGAAGAGAGCCGAUGACACGAGUUUUGAGUGCAUGAAUCCACUCUUUCGUGGCCAAUGGUACACUGGUGAACUGGACAUUGCUCAGUUGGAAGCCCGACCAAGAAUUCACCAGUUACUGGGAUGCAAGCUUUGGAGUGGAAACUCCUCAUGCUGCAAUUCCAACCUGGAAGCCCUUCAGCGAAGGGCAUUUUUGGGGUACAAGGAGCACUUCGACUCGCAAAUACAUGUAUUGGCUGAGUACUCUACUGCUUUGAUGGAUCUAAAGGACUCGGAUGUUUUUGAGAUGGCGGAGACCCUGGAGCAAAAAUUACUACAACGAGCUAUGCACUCCAUUCAGUCGGCUGUGAAGCUGGCAGAGAGUUGCAUCAUUAGGCUUAUGGCCUUUGUCGCCGGUAUGAUAUGCUUUGCUUGUCAGCCUGAUUGGAGUGCUUUUGUUUGGCGAAGUGGCUUGGGAGAAGUGGUGGGCGUCAACAUAGAUCCUGAGGCCUGUGUUUAUGUUGAUUGGGGUUGUGGCAUGUUCGGGCGUGCGGUACAAAAGGCAUACUCCCAUGUGAUGGAAAGCACUUUGGCCAAACGCCUUCACACAUCAUUGCCUGAUUUCUCCAUGAUGUACAGCCGCCUCGAGCUUUGUCGUUGGCUCCGGAGCGUUUUGGCCAUGCAGCCCAUGUCCCAUCGCGCCCAUCGCGCCGCGCGACGCUUGGAGCCGUCGCCGGUGACGGUCGAUCCGAGCGCCCUGAGCGCCUGGCCCAAAGCCAUCGAAGGUGCGACUGCCUUGCCGACCGAAUGGCCCACGCCGCAGGCUGCGCGCAAGGAAAUUGGACGCCUGUUGGUGAGUCUUGGUGCAGAUGACUGGGAGGAAGAUGCCGUGGACCUGCUCCUGGGAGCCGCCUGUGCAGAAGCAGCCGAGCUUCUGAAGACUGCCGCCAGGCCCGACGCUUCGCCCAUCAAGCCCAACGAUGUGAGACUGGUGGCCGAGGCAAAGCUGGGGCGCCCUUUCGAGAAGCUCGAGGGGAGAGCUGCAAAGCGGCGAAUACUGACGAACAAAGCGCCUCUACCAAAGGCCCAGAAACUUUCAGCCACGAACUUCUUCAGCGACUCGAAAACCGCGAACUCGAAGGUGGCGAAGCCCUUCGACUUGGACCGCCACUAGAGCUGGCAGUUGAUGACAGAAAAAAUGACCAUGUCAAGCUGCUGCACGUUUUCAAGCUUGCAGAUUGGCUUUUUCGGCCCUCUAUGCAAAGCUACAGAGAUCAUGGCAGAUGCGAGGGGAAGGGUGGGUGGUAGCUGGCCCUGAACAUGGGAACCAGGCAGUCAGAAAGGUCUGUGCGAAGGGGAAAC